AUGAUUUUCUCCAGUUACAUUGUAAUCUAUUGUAAUGGAAAUCAAGAAAACAUGAUAUAUAUAAUUUUGAGAAGUGACGUAAAAAUGUAAUUACAAUAACUAACAGAAAUUUAAUUUUUGGAAACGUUUAUUGUAACAAUGAUUACUAUAUCUUUUAAAUGAUUAUUAAUUUGAUAUUAUAUUAUAACAAAUAUAAUAUUAAUAUCUGUAGAAAUGCUAGGAGAUAAUUCUGGAGGGGAUGCUUCAAAUAUUGUUUCAAGAGAUGCGCAAAAUUCAGAUCAUCAGUGUAAAAUGGAAAAUAAAUUAGGACUAACAAAUAAAGAGGCUUUGAAUAUUCUUCAUGAUGAAAUAGAACGUGUUUUAAUUGAAUAUCAAGAUGAUUAUUAUAAAAAUAAAAAAUAUCGAGAUUGGCUAAAAGAUACACUACACCAUAAAAGUCAAUACACUACACUUUGUUGGACAUCAGCUGUUGCAUUGUUUAUUAAUGCUAUUACUUUAAUAAUUGCCUAUUUUAAUACCCAUGAACUAAGGAGUUAUUCAUCACUGCCAUAUGAAGGAUUAAUUGUUUGUUGUCUUGUUGUACUAAAUUUUAUUUUAGUGAUUUCUGACAAUAUUUUACGUCAUAAUGAAAUACCUCACAGAAUUAAAAUUCUUUUAACAAAAAUAAAUGCUGCACAAUCAUUAUGCAAAUGGAAACCUGAAAAUUUUCCACAUCUUUGUACUCCAUUGUCACCUUGCGUAACUCUACAAUGGACUUAUCGGGAUAAUGCAAUCGUCAAUUUACCAUGGGCUUUAUUGGUUACUGGUGAUGUUAUUGUAAUUAAACCUGGUCAACAAGUACCUGGAUAUUGUAUUCCGUACAAUGAUCCAAAUGGACCAGCUUUGCAUGCCAAAGAAAUCUACAGUCCUAAUGUUAAUCACAAUACAAAUGAUAUAUUUACAUCACCACAACCAAGAAUUCCACUAAAAAAUCAAAUCUACAUAUUAAAGGAAACUCCUUAUUUGAUAAAUUUACGAAUGGCUUUAGAUCAGGCCCUUGAUCGACCGGUUACGUAUCAUAAUCGUAAACGUCAUCUUCUUAUGAUUUGUUGCAUUGAACAAUUGGUUUAUCCUAUUCUUUUAAUAAUUGUCUUACUAAUAAAUUUAUUACGACAUUUAUAUUUUCACAAGUAUGCUGGUACUGGCCAUUGGACUGAGUUAUAUUUAUUGCAACCAGUUGCAGUUACACUUCCGUUAUUGCCAAUUAUUUUUCCUGUAUUUUGGAUUUUUUUAAAUUGCUUUGGAAUGGCAAGAUUUAAAGCUUUAUUUCAACUUUAUCAAUCAUCAAGUAAAAUUUCGUUAGUUGAUCCAUUUGACGAUACAGACAUAGCAGGACCUAAUAAUCCUGAGGUUGUUUAUAAUUGGUCAGAAUUGGCCGAGUAUUUUUUUGCAAUAGUUUUUGGUAGAGAAUUUAUGAUGUCACGUUCAGCAAGUAUUCUUCACGUACUCGGGUCAGUUACGGCAUUAUGUUGCAUUGAUAAAAAAGGAAUAUUAUCUUGGGCCAAUCCGACCGCUGAAAAAGUUUUUUUUUUACGUAAUGCCAAUGCUGUUUCUCGUACAUCUAGUUCUAUUAGUCUUGACAAACCUUCAGAAUCACCUCGAACAGCAACAACAACAGAACCACCACCUGUAAUUGAGCAGCAACAACAAGAACAACAACAACAACAACAACAACAACAACAACAAAGUCAACGAACUUCUUACAAUCACCAUGUAGCUGAAGUUCUUGAUUUAACUCAUGACCAUGCGUUACCAUUUCGUCUUCAAUUUGAUGAUCCCUCAUGGAGGCAUCAUUUGAAUUCCUUGAAGCCUCUGGGUCUGGCAAUACUUUUAAAUACCUGUAAUAUGGAAACUCAAGAACAUUAUACUCAAUUCUGUUGUCACAUUACCUGUGAAGCUCUUUAUAAUGAAAAUUUAGUACCAGUUAUUAACAGAAGCUACAACAGCAACAACGAUAAAAUUGAUUCACACGAGAAAGAUACAAUAAUGCAAAGUUCGAGGCGAACGAAUUUAAUCGUCGAGGAAUCUGAAAACAUUGGAAAGACGGGAUGUUUAUGUGAGCUUGCCAAACAAAUUGGAUUUCAAGAACAAGCUCAGGAAAUUUUUCAAUUAGAACAACAGCUUUCAACUUUUCGACAUGUUCAGCCAGAAAUGGUUAGACGUGAUAUUAAAUUUGCUAGAUCAUUAAGUAUCGCAACAAAACUUAAAUUUCCUUUUCCCCAUAUGGUAGCAGUUGUUAUGAAAGAACGUACAGGUGGUAGUUUACAACUAUUAACCCAAGGUACUGCUGAUAUUAUAUUGGAUUCGUGUAUUGAAUUUUGGGAUGGUCAUGAUCUUUGUCCAUUAACUGCAUCUGACAGAAAAAAAAUCCAAGAUUUUUAUCAGCGAACAAGUUUAACAUCGUACUGUACUGCGUUUGCAUACAGACCACUGAUUCACAACGUCAACAAUAAAUUAUCAAAUAUAUAUUUAGAACUUCCAUCUGAUAGUAAACAUUUAUACGCUCCUCACAGAAGUCCAACACCGUUACCAUGGGAUUUUCGAAAUGUUUUAGAUCCACGUGUUAAAGGAUUGUUAGGACAAUUUCAUUCUACAGAUUCAUUACUUUGUACAGAAAAUAAAGAUGAAGAAAUUAAUGAUAUUGAUAGUUGUUUUGAAAUGCAAUGUAAUCAAAUAUUUAUUGGAAUGGUAACAAUGCAGUAUCAAGCUCAAGCGGACAUGGUCCAAUUGAUUGAACAAUUAGAAAGGGCGUGUAUAAGAUUUGUUCACUUCAGCAAGGAAAAUGAAUUACGUUCGCGUGUAUUCUCAGAGAAGAUGGGUCUUGAGAGUGGAUGGAAUUGCCAUAUUUCAUUACUCAGCGAAAGAGCUAGGUCAGAGAGCCCAGUAGGAUGUUGGGUGAGCCAAGCAGCUGCUAUGUCCUCACCAACGUCUUCUGACAAAUUUAAUCAGUAUAAUACUGAUUCCUGCAUGAUGAACGAGGAGACCAGCGUAUUGCUUAAUCGUGUAUGUCCUCGUUCUAAUUUGGAUGUAAGUCGGGCAAUUAGUAUGUCUGCACCAAGUGCAAUAAAUACAGAUUAUACUACUGUCAAAUUCGAGGAAGAAACUACAGAAUGGAACCCAGAGCCUGUUUUACAUACAAAAAGUGCAAUGAGUCACAGGGAACAUGAUAUAAUUAGAAGUGAGGACAGUGUACUGGUUCAAAGUGUUGAUUUAGGAUCUGGGCAUGAAGCUUGGAGAUCACUAAGCUGUCUUACUGAUAGUACUGAACAGAGUGCUCCAGUUAAUUUUGAUUUAUCUAAUAGAGCAAAAUUACCAAGAGGAAUAGAUAAAAUUCGUCCGCAUAUUGAAAUGGUUGACAAUGUACCUUUAUUAGUAUCGUUAUUCACUGAUUGUAAUACAACUGUAACUCGGGAAAUGUUACAUAUUAUGCAAGAUUAUGGUGAAGUUGUUUGUGUACUUGGUUCAUCAGCUAAUGCUGAAAAUAUGCCAAUAUUUAUGCAAGCAGAUGCUGGAGUUGCAGUUGAACCUUUGUAUCCACAAGUUUGUCAAAAAGUUCCUGUAAUGAUGAAUACUCAUGAUUAUCAAGGUCCAUCACCAGUAGAUUUAAGUCGUGCUCUUAACUCAAUAGCUUGUUCUCUAAGUCUAAAACGCGAAGAUCCAAUAGCUUUAUUUCAUCUUGUAAUGGAGGCCAGAGAUUACAUGAGGUGCUUAUGGAAUUGUGUUCAAUUUUGGCUUUGUUGUGUUGUGACACUUUCUUUUGCCCAAGCGUUAUCAGUAUUUUUAUUACUACCACCUUUACUUUCAAUAAGUCAAGUAAUGUGGUUAAUUUGUUUAAUUAUUCCACUUUUAUCUAUGUCAAUAAUGGCCACACCAACAGAUCCUACAAUUAUGCAAAGGGCUACAGGAAAAAAUCAGUGUGUCAUUAAUGGCGAGGUAGCUUUUUUUGUUAUUUGGUGCUAUGGUAGUAAAUUUUUGCCAACAAUAAUAACACUUGUAUUGUCACAAAUGGUUUUUUACCUAUUUUUAUGUCCAUUUUAUACAAUAAAAACAACAGCAACACCAACAAUUAAUAGAGAAUGUUUUUAUAUUUAUCCUGAAGUUAAUAAUAGUGAUGUUAGUUGGGGUGGAUGGAAUUCUCAGCCAAAUAUUAUAUUUAUGAUGCAGCAUUUUUCGUUAACGUUAAUAGUUUUACAUUUUGUAACAAUUUCAUCAGGUUUUGUCCAUAGAGAAUAUUUAAUUUUUCGAAGAUUGCCAUUUAAUAAUUUAUUUUGGUUUUGUAAUAUAGUUAUUGUUUUAGGAUUACAAGCUCUAUUUUCUGGUAACACAUUGUAUAAUUUAUUGAAAGAAGAACAACAAAAAAAUUCAAAAUUUCCAAUUCAAUUGCCAUUAUAUUUUUUAAUAUCUAUUCCGAUAGUUUUUAUAAUAAAUGAGCUUGUAAAAUGGCAAGAAAUUAAAGCAAAUGUGCGAUAUCAAAAGAGGGCACGAUUAGAAUUUGGUACAAAACUCGGAAUGAAUUCACCUUUUUAAUUUUAAAAAACAUAAUAAAUGUAAAUACAUUAUUCAAUACCAUGUUUACAGUUUAAUGCCAAAUACAAAACCCUGCGUAUAUUAAUAUUAAUAAUAAUAAUAAUAAUAAUAUUAUCAUUUUUACAUGAUCAGUAAGUAUUGUACAUUUAAAAAUAUAUUGUACACAAUUAUUAAAAUGAGAGAAAAUUCUGUCAAUAAUUAAUAUAAAAUGUUAAAAUACUCAAUACGAAAGAGUAAAUUUAAAAUUUAUAAUACAAAUUUAGUCAUCGGAUAAAAUAAUAAAAUU